AUGGUUGAGUUAACAUGGAAUAGGAGCUUGGGGACAGAAUCACGACCCUCCAGGACCGUCAAGGCAAUGGCACCUGCACCGCCGGCUAUCCAGCCUCGCUUCGAGGCCUGCGCUUCGACGGCAUCCUUAUUCCUCUAUGCCCAGGGCUCAACAAUCCUAUGUUUGCAUCAUGAUACAUUAGCAAUCGAGCGUCGUUUUCAGAGUCACCAGGCAAAUAUCGAGUUUAUAUCGGUCGAUAAUGUGAGCGAACGGGGUGCGGGAAGAUUGGUGGUCAGUUACGAUGUAGGGCAAACGGCAAUCGUCUGGGAUAUCUUCACUGGAAACGAGAUUGCCCGAUUUGCUUCCUUUGAUCAUCUGCGAAUAGCUUCGUGGAUGCGUAAUGGCAAUGUCGCAUUUGGUAAUGGCAAGGGUGAGGUGAUUCUGUUCGAACCUUCUACCUCGGAGCACAUCUCGGCGCGCACCAUUUUCGACCCAAUCACAGCUCUAGCACCCGCCAUGGAUUGUCGUACUUAUGCAAUUGGAUAUCAAAAUGGUUCUAUAUUGAUCGCGACUUUACUUCCUCAAUUUACCAUUCUUCACACUCUGACUACUUCGCGUGGACCGUCGCCAAUUAUUUCCUUGGCUUGGCAUGCAUCCUCAUCGAAACAGAAGUCAGACAUGCUGGCAACCCAGUCAUCAAAUGGCGAUUUACGAGUUUGGAGCGUGGCAAAACCACCAGGGAAAGAAUCACCUCGAGUGAUUAGGGUAUUGAAACGAUCCGAUUCAAACUCCUCUGAUCCUAAAUGGAUGGGCUGGUCAAAGAAUGGAAGACUUGUGCAAUAUCUGGAAGGGGAAACAUGGUCUUGGGAUGUUCGAACAAAACAUGUUACUUACGAUCCAAUUCCCACAAUCGACGGUGUGCGAGGUAUUGCAAACUAUGGUCCUACAGCGACUUUAUUCACCAUCGGCCCUCAGCAUUCAGUCCAGCAGUAUGAUUUGGAAAACCCCACGAUGGUUGCAAAUGUGCAGCAUCUUCCAAUUAUACCCCGGCCCGGUACAGCGGAAGGCAGUCGAGCGAAAACAAUGUCCCCACGCCGCUUGCAAGACGCUCCUGAUAUUCGGGAACUACCAGGCGCGGCCAGACGAACGCCAUUUGAUGCAACCAGCAUCGAGAGUAUCAGACAAAGGGCAGAUUUGACGAGCCCUGCUUCGUCGCGAAGUCGGACGGAAUCGGUGAGCUCAAAGGCUUCCUCUGGGAAGUAUAACAUGAGACCCUUUUCUCCGCCGAGUCGCUCUGGUCAGAGUGCUACGACAUUUUCGAUGACAUCGGGUGGCCAUGAUACGCCGCAGGCUUCGGCUUCUUUUGCGUAUCCCUCGUCGGUUUCAAUGUCAUCUGUGAGAAGCUCAAGGGCGGCAUCUCGAUUGCGGAAUGAGGUUCAUAUCAGCCCUGCGGACAAAAACAUCGUGGAUCUAUUUCCGUUCACUCGGGCCCGAUUGAUUGAUGUGCCUUACAAACAGCAGCCACCUAUCGACGAGACAAAUCUAACUUCGGAUGAUCUUCGGCUGCAGAUGUUGAGUGUGGUUUUUGGCUGGGAUGGAGACAUCCAAGAUUUGAUCACAGAUGAGUUGAGCCGCCACGCUAUGGGUAGCCAAAGCGCCAUUCUCUUAACGCGAUGGCUUGGUGAAAACGACACAGAUGAAAUGGCCGCAAUGAUUAGCUCUGGGCAUGUUACAACCUCAGACUGGAUGAUUCUUGCUUUAAGUCAGAUGAGCGGUCAGGGGCAGGCAAAUAAGGUCGGACAGGCAUUUGUACAGAAGUUGCUUGAGAUCGGGGACAUACACACCUCGGCCGCGAUCUUGCUUGGUCUCGGGGAUAAGAACGACGCCAUCGAGGUUUACGUUUCUCGCAAUCACUUCAUGGAAGCUAUCCUAAUGACAUGUCUCCUGUUCCCGUCAGACUGGCAGCGCCAGUCAUAUCUCGUUCGUCGAUGGGGCGAACAUGUCGUUACUCAUUCCCAGCAGCAACUCGCCAUUCGCUGUUUCAUGUGCACGGGAGCUGAGCCAUCAGAGCCAUGGGCAUCUCCUUCUGCCCAACAAACAUCAUCUUUUGCAGAGAUGGUUCGCGCAUCUCCUCUCACCUCGCCUGAGCCUUCGCAAGCCAAUAUGAUGCCACCACCAGUCCGCCCAAGAUCCACAUCCAACUCCAAAACCGCAGUGAAAACGCCAGCUCUGAAGCUCAUUACUUCCUUCGAAGGACAGCCAGGGCGUUUCCGCUUCCCUGGCUUGAAGUCCGAUGAUCGCACGCCGACAAAUGCACCUGGAAUUACCCCGAUUGCUGAAUCCGCUGUGCCCGAGUCUGCAAUGUCCCCUGGUGGAUUUGGCUCUUAUAAACUGAACAAUAUCCAAAGCCUGAACCACGCAAUGACCUCCCGAACAAAUACUCCGGCGUUCAAUCGGCGUCGUCUACCCUCAAUAGGAGAGACGCCAAAUGAGUAUAGCUCCACAUCCGAAAACGAACGCGAGCAGAGCCAAGAUGAAAAAGAGAGCAAUAGCGGGUUCCUCAUUUUGUCGGCUGUUAAAUACAACCCCGAUCUAGACUCUCAAAAGCCCAGUCCUCAGACUGCUGUGCAAGGGACAGACAAGUUCGCUGCCAUCAAGGGGCUUCCAUCACCAGCUGCCGGUGUAUUCGAGGCCCUCACGAAUGAUGAUCAUCGUAACGGGUCCCGAGAUCGAAAGCCAGACGGCCUUCAAAUCGAGACAUUGGAAGGUGAACGAAACCCGCAGGACCGCACCGGUUUGAUUCCCAGCGCCAAAAGUACUGCUUCAACUGCGAACUCCUUCGCUUCGGCUAGGAGCCCAAGUGUCAGUGGUCGUAGUAUCGACCAAUACAUCAGUAGUCUUGACGAGGCGAACUACCAUGCGCGGAAGCUCCGUCCACAUACCCCAGGCCGUGGAAGACGGAACCCAGACGACACUGCCAGUCAGAGCUCAAGAGCUCACCGCGAUGCCUCCCGAGAUACUCGCGGUAUGAGUGAGCAUCGAUACAUUCAAUCCGCCAAGCGCUCUCCUUCUUCUCCAGUGCCUAUGUCUCCUGAAGAGUUGGCUCGAUACCAUACCGGAGAGUCUGGAAAGCCAUUUGAAACACAGAAGUCAAAAUCUCGCACUAGAAGUUCGAGCAAGGUGAGAGGGUCGGCUUCUCGGAACCGUCAGCGCUCUUCGAGUCGACACACUGCUAGCCGCAUCAGUACAGACAAACGAGACACAUCAAUUCGAGGUCGCAGCAAUGACCGACAAGGAUCCAGCGUUCGGUCACCAUCAUCACCUCUUCCCAUGGCAUAUCCCGCAGAAGGCACUUCUCAGGAUAUUGACAACCCUUUGAGACUGGUUGAGGGUAACCAAAAGAGACUGCGAUCUCGCCACCGAAGUGCCAGUCGACGUCGUGCUGAAAAGGGAUCAACUUCCAAAACAGACGGCGCUUCAGAAACCAGACACAAAACAUCGCAGAGUCUUUCUGUGAUCCAACCAGGACCUGCAUCAGACCCUUGGGCACAGCAGGCAUCGGUACCGGAGCAGUUAAGCAGCAAGGUCUUUGGCCAAGAAGGCACGUCCAAUGGGCAUUCCAAUGGACAAGGUCAACUAAGCUCGACAGCCAAUGAGUUCCAAGACAUUGUACCCCCAAGGACACCGUUUGUCACCCUCGCGGAGAGAAAGCGAAGAGAGAUUGCCGCUGCUGAAUUGGAAGCACGAAGGUUAUCACUCGCACGCAACCCAUCAGCACCAAACAUUCCCUUCCCCGGCGAACUGCAAAGUGCAAGAAGCCCCCUUGAGGGCUCGCCGCCUUUCUCUGGUACAAGCUCAUACUUCCAGCGAGCUCCAUCGCGGAACAAGAUGGCCCCAGCCAAAGUAUCUACGGACUAUCCCAGCAGUUCUGACUCAAACUCUUCACGCUCUGGCAUGCCCGGCGGACUCCCAGCAACUCCUCGAGCCAUGCGGCAUCCCAAGUAUGGAGGGACCGGACAAGAUGAAGAGCGGCCUCCCUCUGUACCCAUCAUUCCCACAGAUAACAGUUUCUUCCUCAGCAGCGCCCGGUAUCAAGGAGAUGCCGCCGAGAGAAUCGGACGAUCGAUGUCCGUCCCCGUGCCAGAAUCACAGUACAAUGCCCCAUCAAUGCCCAUUGACGUCCCCAUGCAUCCUCGCUUUAACCCAGCUCUCCCUCGGAGCCGGUCCAGCAGCCGCAGCCGCGCGAAGGGCCAUAACCGCACCAGCUCAGGCGGCUAUGUCUCCGGCACCUCCCCUCACGUCCAAGUGAGCAUUGAAGAGACAAUCGAGCACGCAAUGCAGAGCGAACCCUCAUCACAGAACGAGACGAUUCCGCCUCCACCACCUCCUCCCAUUCUCCCGGAACUGCAGCAUCUCAACACCCCACCCCCACCACCCCCAUUCCCGGUCUCCGCAGUGCCCGUCUCGCCCCGCGAGUCGUCAGCAACAAUCGACAUCGCCAUUGACAACAAUGAAGACCUCGGCCGUCUUCUCCCUCGCGCUAUGACUGCCGCCCCAACUCUUAAUGGAAACAGUCACGGAAUGGAUUCCCGUCAGUCGGGCAGUCGUAUGUCCAUGGACCAUCGCCGAAAUCGUAAUUCAAAUGAGAGCUUCACGAACAAGCUGCGUAGCUUGACUCGUAUGCGCAACAACAGUCGCAGCGUCGAACCUUGGACGCAGGCUCACGAGGCGGAAAUGGCUCCCCAUGAGAGUCUGAAUUCCCAUGUUGCUGGGUCGAACUCGGACUAUAUUUUGCCGAGUCAGAGUUAUGUUGCGCCGGGUUCGAACUUUGUUUGA